AUGAACAUCCAAACAUUAGUCAUAGUGACUCUGUCGUGUUGUGUGGUGGCCUACAAUGACUACAAAUGUAAUAAACAAGCAGCCUUACGACUUCUCAAACGGCCAGCGUUUGAGUUUUCAAUCAAAUUACUACAAAGAGUUGCCGAAGACACCGAUGGACAUUUCAUUUUCUCCCCGUUGACGACAUGGCUGCAAAUGACAGCUUUAUCCGAAGGAGCUACAGGAUUCACCUUCAGAGAAAUCUGGCAAGUAACGAGACACCACCGAAACAGAUGCUUCAGGAAAAAAAUGUAUGAUAUUAUGUCACAAUUGAAUAGGUCUCUGAAAAGCAGAAACAGUCGAACGAGUGUCAUUGCGAUAGAUAAACUGAUGGCUGUAAAAAAACGCUUCGUAAAAGAAGUCCAGAGACUUUAUGGUAUUAAGGUGUUGUUGCUGAAUUUCAAUCAACCAGCGAAAUCGGCAAAUGAAGUGAAUGAAGCAAUCAAACAUGGAACAGGGGGAGUUAUUGACAGAAUUUUAUAUUACGAUGAUUUUAAUUCAACAGUGUUACUAUUGAGUGAUGCAAAUUACUUCCAUAGUGCUUGGAGAACCCCGUUCGCAAGUGUUUACACUAGAUCAACGCCAUUUUUUUCAAGCUCCGGAGGUGAGCUCGGCGUAGUGAGUAUGAUGCAUCAAACAGGCUAUUUUAACUUGGUAGAAUUCCCUCAAAUUAAUGCUCAGGUCUUAGAAAUACCAUUCGCGGUUCCUGGGAUAUCUAUGCUUGUAUUUUUACCCACGGAUAAAGUCUGGAUUGGAGAAAUAUUUUACAGUUUACAAAAGACUAGAUUGACAGCAAUUUUUAACAUGUUCAAACGUAAAGGCCUAAGUUUAGUAAAUGUAGCUUUACCCAAGUUUAGUCAGCUAACAGAGAUUGAAAAUUUACCCGAGUUAUUAUACGAUAUGGGUAUUAAAAGGAUUUUUAAUCCGAACUUAGCUGAGUUAAGGGGUAUUAGUAACUAUAAGGUGUAUGCAUCUUUAAUGACACAAAUCAGUCGUAUAACUGUUGGUGAAGAAGGGGUUACGGUCGGAGCUGAGUUUCUUGCUGAAAAUGACACAAGUGUAGACUUCAAAGCUAAUAAACCUUUUGUUUAUAUGAUAGUUGAAAGAACGACGGAGUUUAUACUAUAUGCUGGCGUGUAUUCCAUACCGAGUGAGGCCUGA